AUGGCGGCGAACACCCUUGAUCGCUACGGCCCCAAGGUGGUCGACAAGGCCGACAAACUACAAAAACGCUUGAGUAUGAAGGACCACCACCAGCCCGCCGGCGGCUUCGAUGCGACGCCUCUCCCGCACGCUCCGCCCGGAUACACGCUCAAGUUCACCUUCCACCGCGCUGUGGACCUCCCCAUUGCAGACUUUGGCAGUUUCUCGUCUGAUCCUUAUGUCUUUGCCCGGCUCGAGGUCGAUCUGCCUCGCCGCCACAAGCAGGACCCUGAUGUGACGUUCCGGACUCCCACCAUACGCAAGAACAUGAACCCCGUGUGGAAUCGCGAGUGGAUCGUCGCAAAUGUGCCGGCCUCGGGUUUCAAACUGAAGACCAUUUUGUAUGAUGAGGAUCCGGCCGACCACGAUGAUAAGCUCGGCUUGGCUGUCGUCGAGCUCGACUCGCUGUCAGAGAACUGGCCGGGCAUCAACGAGCAGGCGUUCAAGGUCAAGCACCGCUUUGGCAGCAAGCGCGUUUAUGCCAUGACAAAUUUCUCCAAGGUCACCGGUCACCAUAAGGAAUCUUUCAUCGUCAUGAGUGUUGAAUGUUUGGGAAAGACACCGGGUGCCGGAGGUGGCCAGAUGUACACUGCUGGCCCCAAUUAUUGGUUCAAGCACUUCUCCCCUCUCAUCGGACGGCUGGCAGGGAUCAAAGAUCAGGUCCAGAGUGAAGAUGGGAGUGGUAAGUCUGUCACUCGUUACAAUUUCCAAGCCAUUCAGAUGCAACUGGCCGGUCCAGUCCCAUCGGAGCUCUACCACCGCUACGUGGAGUUUAAGCCAUUCGUGGCGGGUAUGUUCCAGGCGCAAAGUUUGAGAGGUCGAAUCCUGAACAAGGCGCUACAUCACCAACACCAGCGCAUCUAUAAUUUCAACCGCUCCACGCUCAAUGGGGUUUUCCCCGAGCCCUGUCGUGAAUUCAGUCAGAAGUUCCUCGAGUUUAUUCACUAUGGCCAGGGCGGACGAAUCUUCACCUACGUGCUGAUGUUGGAUGGACAGUUUCGGUUUACUGAAACUGGCAAGGAAUUUGGUAUUGACCUGCUGAGCAAACACACCAUGCACAGCGACGUGUCGAGCUAUAUUGCAUACUCGGGCGAAUUUUUCGUCCGCCGUCGCAAGCAUCGCCAUCAGCACCGCUCCCGCUCGCCGUCUCCGUCCUCGCGACCCUCGAUAUCACGUCCUUCUACCACUGACUUCCCCGUGGAAGAAGAUGCAGACGGGAAUGUUCACGAAGUCCAGGGGGUCUCGACUGAACCCGCUGAGUACGAGCUCUUUAUCGACAACGACAGCGGGACCUAUCGACCGAAUGCGGAGCUGCUGCCCCUGCUGAAAAAUUUCUUCACGUCGAACUUCCCAGGCCUGCAUAUCACUACUUUGGACUGUCAGGGAGAUGCUGAGCGCAUGGGCCAGCUGAAGGAAGAGCAGCGCGAGGUCAAGAAUGCGCACGGCCAUCCCUUCACGUACCUCCAGAAGAGCAGCGUAUCAUCCUUGUCCAUAUCCAGCUCAGAAGAGGAUGAGCUGAAUGAACGCAGCGGGGUCAAGCAGCGCGGCGACUGGUCCCGACGAGUCCAUGAGAUGCGCGAUGUGAAGGGCCAGAUGAUGCGGUGGGUGGAACACGAUGGACAUGCCGAUCGCCCCAAGCAUCGCCAUAUCGGACGCGACCGAGCGGCUUCCACCAGCGAGAUCAAAUAUACUCCUACCAAGUCCACUGUCAAUCGAGCGGCCUAG